CCCCGCCCCCUCUCUGUCUAUUUUUUUCUUUCUUUUUCCCUCUAUACUGUAGAAUCUCCCCUCCCACCUAGAAAAAGCAGACAGGAGAAAAGAAAAAUCUCAGGAAGGAGCGACGAAAAUUCCCAAAGUGGAGUCACCCCAAUCAAUUACUAAACCGGGUGACUGCAUUUAUUUUUAACCUUUCAGCUUCCCUUUCCACUCAUUGGUCUCGCAAACUAAUGCUGGUGCAGACCGUGCAGUUGCUGUACCUUUCAAAAUUCUUCUUGACCCCUACUAAACAAAAGAAAAAAAAUGGAUGAGGAUCCACUUUUAUUUGUUUAUUUUGUUUUGAAUGCAUGUACUUAAAAUCUUAAUGCACGAAAGGAGGUGGUUGAAUCUCUUUUUUCUAUGGCCAUUAUGGUGAUCUGUGCAUUGCUUUUUUGUGACUCUUUUCAUGAGGUGGGGAGCUUUUUGAGCUGGUGGAUAUAGAAUACUGCGAACCAGUCUUUGAAAGAGACCCACGUGGAGGACAUUUGAUUUUUUUCUUUUCAUGGGGAGCUGGUUUUUUUCUCUUUUUUCUUCCUUUAAUUCUUUUUUUCUCUUUUUUCUUCCUUUAAUUCUAUUUAUUGAGGAGAUUAAUGGGGUCGAACUCAGAGAUUUUGGUAUGCAUAAUAGACGUGUAUUUGUUGCCAUGAUUUUGCCAUAACGGGCUUUGGGAGCGCGGCUGUUUUGGGUUAUAUUUGAACAGGGAGAUGAGAAAUGGGUUCCUCUUGUUAUUUGCUUUUUUUUCUUGUUUUGGUGUUGUUGUAGGGUUCUUGGGUAGUUUUCGGUUUCUGGGUUGACCCAAAAAUGAAAGUUAAUGCGUUUAGAUGAUGUCGAGGCCUUGUUGUGUGAGUUUUGGAUGGUGGGCUGUUUCUGAUUUCCUGCCGAAAAAAAUUGCUGAGAUUCAUGAGAUCCUAAUGUGGGGUCUAAAGACAAGUUGAUAUCAGAUUCUUUCUGGCAAGUAAGAUUUCCACAGCUAAUAGGAACUACGUCGGGUUGCUCCAUCCAUAGAAGUUAAUCUUGGUAUUCCUUCAUUUUCCUGUUGUAGUUUUUCUGAAGGCUCUCUCUUGAUAAUGAGAUAUUCCACUUAGAAAUUAGAACACCCCUCCACUAGAUUCGUAUGAAAUCAGCACUGUACUAAAGUUAGGACCAUCUCACUGCAGGUCUUGUUAGUCCUGUUGGUUUGUGUUGCUGUCGAGUUGUCUCGUCAGUUUCCUUUUUCCUCCAGUAAAUGCUUUUGAGCAGUUAUCAUUGUUGACUGUUGAGUUGUGAUUGGGAACGAAGCUUGGGGUAGGUGGAAAGCAGCUGGUUUAGGCUUUGGUUCACAAGUGGUUGAGUUGCAGUCACAUGAAAGUGCUUUUGAGCGUACAGAAUUUCGAUUUAGAUAGAGUUUGUUGGGUUGUCAGUAGUUCAUUUACUGUUCGGGAGCAUAUCAAUAUUCACGCGUGACUGUGUAAGGACUAUAAGACGGCUCAUUUGAACAUCUAGAAGGAGUUGCGUUUCAGCAUUCCCUUCUUCUUAUGUUCCCCGCUACUGAGAUGGGUCAUAGUGGUCCUUGCGAUCAAAGGCCUUCCAUGGAGGUGGCAAAGGAUUGGAAUGGUGUAGAUCAAAUCAUGCUUAGAGAACCUCGAGGCGCGUCUGCUCAGGUGAGCUUGCAUGGAGGGCAGGUUAUGUCAUGGAGAAACGAUAGGGGGGAAGAGCUUCUCUUCACUAGUAGCAAGGCAAUAUUUAAGCCUCCAAAAGCAAUAAGGGGAGGGACUUCCAUUUGUUUUCCACAGUUUGGUAACUGUGGAUCUUUGGAGCAUCAUGGAUUUGCCAGGAACAAGAUAUGGGCGAUCGACGAUAACCCUCCACCCACUCAUCCUACUAAUAGUGAUGGCAAAUCUACCAUCAAUUUGAUACUAAAACCAUCCGAAGAAGAUCUGAGAUGUUGGCCCCACUGUUUUGAGUUCCGCCUCAAAGUGGCUCUGGCAACUGGUGGAAAUCUAGUGAUGACGUCACGCAUCAGGAAUGUUGAUGUCAAGCCAUUCAGUUUCUCAUUUGCUUAUCAUGCAUACUUCUCUGUUUCAGACAUCAGUGAAGUAAGGAUUGAAGGGUUGGAAACUGUUGACUAUUUGGAUAAUCUGUGUCAGCGAGAACGUUUCACUGAACAGGGAGAUGCAAUAACCUUUGAGAAUGAGAUGGACAGGAUUUACCUCAGCACUCCAAAUGUGAUUGCUGUUCUCGACCACGAGAAGAAGAGAACAUUUGUUAUAAGAAAGGAAGGACUGCCAGAUGCAGUUGUCUGGAAUCCUUGGGAGAAGAAGUCGAAGUCUAUGGUGGAUUUUGGUGAUAAUGAGUACAAGCAAAUGCUUUGCGUGGAUGGUGCUGCCAUCGAGAAGCCGAUAACGCUCAAGCCCGGGGAAGAGUGGACAGGCAGAUUGGAGUUGUCAGUUGCUCCCUUAAGCUACUGUUUUUGAAAUAGCUUCGUUCUCCGAAUGCACUGAAAUUUUUAGUUUGCAGCAAUUUCACAAGAACACGAUCAUAUCACGUGUUCAUGCUUUAGGAAGGCAGAAGGUCAUUGGCUUAAAAUUCUGGCCUUGAGCUGACCAAGUUAUUGUACACAGACGCAAACACGAUUAGCUAGAUAAAUUCUUGGUGAAGAGAAGCAAAUAUUUACUUUUUC